UCCCCACCAGAUCCGUCCACGUCAAAGACAAACCUUGAUGUGUCUGAGGACAGAAGAGAGGAUCAGCUGUGUCCUGAUGAUCCAGAGAGGUUGAAGCAGCAGCAGCUUGUGGGUGGAGAGGCUCCCAAUACAAAUGAAAUGUUACAUUUCACACCUAAACUGCUGACUGAGUCUGGAAAGACUUCAUACAGGUUCAGGUGUCCUGGUCCAGGUGGGUUCCAGUGUGCUUUGACUAGACUGGUGUUUGUUACAACUCAGGAGGCGGAGCUGCUGUACAACACUGUCCAAUGGGACAAGAGCCUCCUCCAAUCAGCUGGCAAGAUGGCUGCAGGGCCGCUGUUUGAAAUCAAGUGUUCAGAGGAGGCUGCUGUCUGUCAGCUCCACCUUCCACACUGUGAAACAAAGGAUGCGCUGCUUGUUGAUGGCCUGUUGUCUGUCGUCCACAUCACUGAUGAUGGGAUGAGCAUCUUGGAGCCGCUGAAGAUUACAGACACUCAUGUGGUCGUGAAGGUCCCUCACCUCUCUAUCUUUGGUCUGAUCUGCGAUAUCGCUAUAAGGAUUCUGAACAUCUCACUGGCAAUACAUGCCCAAGUUCUGGUGUUCCUCCGACCUCCAGACAUAUCGCCUCGAGAACUCAACGUUCUACUGCUGCCUGGCAACGUCUCUUUAGAUGAGGUUAAAAAGCAACAUGAAGAUGCUAAGCACAUCCAGAUCCCUUCUGACUGUUAUCUCCGCUUUAAUCAAAAUUACAGUCUCCACUGUGAACCUGAGGGCUGUGACAUUGACCCUAAGAGUGCACCAUUUAUCUUAAAUUAUGCAAACUGCCAUCCAACAUUUCAAGUUUUCCUGGAGAAGAUCCCAGAGAAAAUGACUUUGAAGUUAAAGGACCAAGAGAAUAGAGAAGUCCUGGAACGUGACGUGCGUCUGAGAGGUAAAGGCUAA